AUUAACCAUGAAGAUUGGUUUCUCGCUUACGCCCGGAGGUUUACUGCUACCCUAUCACCUUGAAGCGCUGGACGCACUCAAAUACAAUGGACUUUUACGAGCGGAAACCCCGAUCGCUGGCUCAUCAGCAGGCGCGAUUGCUACUGCUUGUCACGGCUGCCAACUCGAUUCCAAGUUGAUACUCGACGCAACGAUUGAAAUGUCCGACACGUGUGCUAGUAUGGGAGGAGCACGAGGACGGCUUCUUCCGUUGCUACGGGAUAGACUAAGUCAGUAUAUUGGGGACGAGCAACUCUCCAAUGUGCAACAGCGUGAGGGGGCGAUGGGGAUUGCCUACCGCGAGAUCUUUCCAACCAACCAAUCGUUUCUACAAACUGAAUUUGCCACAACUGAAGAAUUGAUGGACGCGGUAUGUCACUCGUCCAUGUUUCCUUUCUUUUCCACGAACUGGCCGGUGGCCGUGGAUACUUCGCGUCGAAUUCCAAGACUAAUGGUGGACGGUUUUUUUACCGUUUCCCGGGACCGCUUCGGUGCGCCAGACUUUGCCAUGGGAGGCAUUGACGUAGAUCGAACCGUUGCGAUUUCAGUGUUUCCCAAAGACGCCAUUGGAAUGGCAGCUUUUACAUCGAAAGAUUGCAUCAGCCCGACUUACUCGGGAGAUUCCGCCCAAUUGGAAAACCUGGUACGCCUAGCGACGAAACCUUCGUCUGGAAAGGAAUUGACGGCCCUUUACGAAUCUGGCUUUCAAGACGCAGAACGUUGGUGUCGACACCAAACAGGCCAGGCUGCAGAACAAUCAAAAUCUAUUCAUCUUUCUGAGAAGUCAUGAUUUAAUUAUGUUUCAUGCAGCAGAGCUAAAAGUUUGUAGCUCCAUCUAUCGUAUCUUAUCAACACUAAACGCAAUUCUCUUCAUUUCAGACGUUCGGUUAUACCUUUCAGCGUCAAAUUAUGAGGCAUUUUGUGGCCGUGGAGUGUGAGCUUGUCAAACACAGAGACGGAGAAGAAAACGUGUUUGAAUCACAUCGAGGUUAGUAUGUUGUGGAACAUCGCGUUCUGUCGCUAUGCGACGAGAGCGCCAAGCCUACGGUAGUUUACAGUUAAACGCAAUCGACGCAAUAUUAACACCUUUUGUUCAUCUUU